AUUCAAUUCAAUUCAUAUUCAAACCUCUCCAAUUUUUCAACAUUGGACAGAGAAAAAAGGGAAGGGAGGUGAUAUCUAGCUAGCGUUUGCAAGUUUGAACAGAUCGGAAAAUUCCAACGCCCAUCUCCAUCUCCACCUCCACCUCAGAACACCUCUCUCUUAUGGCAUCCAACAAUCUACGUGUUCUUUAGUGGCAGCUGGUCGUUGGCAUGGUUGCAUCCACCCUCUCUUAAACCACCCAACUACCCAAAUACCCAUCUCUUUCAUUGUCCUUGUUUAAAUCCUGUUCAAAUCAAGCAUUUAUAUAUACCCCAUAUCACCCUUUUUCUUCCUCAGAAGAAACCCAGUUCGAAAAUCAGUCGAAGAUUCCAUUUUUCGAGUACCCAUCAUGAGUUCUGAGCAAAACUCCACCACCCCCAAUGGGGUUCAGAUCCAGCCAGGCAGGAGACUGCCUGAUUUCUUGCAAAGUGUCAACUUGAAGUAUGUUAAGCUUGGUUAUCAUUACUUGGUUAGUCAUCUCUUGACACUCUGUUUGGUCCCUUUAAUGGCGGUUAUAAUCCUUGAAGCAUCACGGUUGGACCCAGAUGACAUUCACCAGCUAUGGCUCCAUCUUCAGUAUAAUCUUGUGAGUGUCAUUGUUUUCUCUGCUUUCCUUGUUUUUGGGAGCACUGUUUACAUCAUGACCCGACCCAGAUCGGUUUACCUCGUUGAUUACUCUUGUUACCGUCCUCCUUCACAUCUGCAAGUCAAGUUCCAUCGGUUCAUGGAGCAUUCAAGGCUCACAGGGGACUUUGAUGAGUCCUCUCUGGAGUUUCAACGCAAGAUUUUGGAGAGAUCGGGGCUUGGAGAGGAGACUGUUGUGCCUGAAGCGAUGCACUCCCUUCCUCCAAGGCCCUCAAUGGCUGCAGCGAGAGAGGAGGCAGAGCAGGUGAUGUUUGGUGCAUUGGAUAAUCUUUUUGCCAAUACUAAUGUUAAGCCUAAGGAUAUUGGGAUUCUUGUUGUUAAUUGUAGUUUGUUUAAUCCAACCCCUUCACUGUCUGCUAUUAUUGUUAAUAAGUACAAAUUGAGGGGUAACAUUAGGAGUUUCAAUCUUGGAGGUAUGGGGUGCAGUGCUGGGGUUAUAGCUAUUGAUCUUGCUAAGGAUAUGCUGCAAGUUCAUAGGAAUACUUAUGCAGUAGUAGUUAGUACUGAGAACAUCACGCAGAAUUGGUAUUUUGGGAACAAGAAAUCCAUGUUGAUUCCAAAUUGUUUGUUUAGAGUUGGGGGUGCUGCUGUUUUGUUGUCCAAUAAAUCUGCAGACAAGAGAAGGGCUAAGUAUAAGAUUGUUCAUGUGGUGAGAACACAUCGUGGGGCUGAUGAUAAGGCAUUCAAGUGUGUUUAUCAGGAACAGGAUGAUGCUGGGAAAACUGGGGUUUCAUUGUCUAAGGAUUUGAUGGCUAUCGCCGGAGGGGCACUUAAGACCAACAUCACCACCUUGGGUCCCCUUGUUCUUCCCAUAAGUGAGCAACUUUUGUUCUUCCUGACCUUAGUUGCCAAGAAGUUGUUCAACGCGAAAGUGAAGCCCUAUAUCCCAGAUUUCAAGCUUGCUUUUGAUCAUUUCUGCAUACAUGCUGGAGGAAGAGCUGUGAUUGAUGAGCUUGAGAAAAAUUUGCAACUUCUGCCAGAACAUGUUGAGGCCUCCCGGAUGGCUCUCCAUCGAUUUGGUAACACCUCAUCCAGUUCAAUUUGGUAUGAGCUGGCUUACAUAGAGGCAAAGGGGAGGAUGCGAAAAGGGAACCGUGUUUGGCAGAUUGCUUUUGGAAGUGGUUUCAAGUGUAACAGUGCAGUCUGGCAGGCCCUCAGAAAUGUGAAGCCUUCAACCAAUGGUCCUUGGGAAGAUUGCAUUCAUAGGAAGAUGAAGACGAACGCAGAGGAAGAGGAAUAUGGUGGAGCAAGAUAAGUGAGGAUCAAAACUUCCAAAUUCUUGUAUUCUCAAUCGCUUUCAAAUGUCUUCUCUCUAUAGAUUAUGUUUCCUUGUUUUCAUGGGGUAAGCUGUCUAUCUCUUUCUCUUGAAUUUCUUCUCUUGGAGUUUUCCUCUUAAAAGACCCAAUGGAAGACCAAAAGUAUGAAUUGGCAUUUCUUGUUUCAGUAUCACAUUUCACAUCCAUUAUGUGGGAAUAAAAAUAGAAAUGAACC